CUCUCUAUCUUGUGUGCUGCAUCUCUCUUUGCCUCUAUAUUCUCUCUUUCACACCUAGAUACACAUCCAGUGCUGGGUCAGACGCUUCCUAAUUUCAGCUGAAAUGAGGGAAUGAGGGAGGGUAAGCAGGAAGCAAGCGAAAAGAGCUAGUGGAAAAGAGAGGGAGAGAGAAAGAGAGAGAGAGAGAAAGGCAAAGGAUGCGGAUCAAUAUCUCUUGCUGCUUCAGCAUGUAAAGGAGCGAGCAAAUCAAAACAAACCAGGAGAGGAACAACGAGAGGGAGGAGAAGAGAGAGAACAGAGGACAGAGGACAGAGUCAGGUUCUUUGAGCAUGGAUGGUGCUUCUUUUGCUCCCUACCACCAGAGCAUACAUGAGACGAGACUGUUCUUCUGCUCUAAUCAUGUGAGUCUCCUGGCUCUCUUAUUCUCCGGAUUGGAUCCUCAGAUCCAUGGCAUGAUGAAGAGAAUUCUUCUGUCCAUGCUUAUCGCAGCUAUGAGGUGCAGCAGAUGGCUCAAGAACAUCUCAGACCACAACAUCAAGUACCAGAUGUACCACCACAGCGGAACGGCAUGAAUUCUGCUCUAGAGUCCUGCUGAGACGGUUGCCACGGCGAUGGGUAGACGAGCGGCUGAUCUGGCCACUCCAGUGCCAGUGUCUGAAGUGCCAGCUUUGGUGGGAGUUCGUGACUGGAGGACAGCCAAUGGAGAGGCAGGGCUUACCUGUGUUCAACAAUGUAAUGUUGGGGUGCAAACAUCGCCAGCUAUACGGAGCUGCCUAGACAGUCGUGCUGUCAUUCAAUCACAAAAGAGGAUGCCACCCAAUGGGCACAUCCCAGUCAAUGUGGAGAGCAAAAAAGGACAAAAAAGGAGUGCUUUCUUUAAACACCGGAACCUUGAAAAUAAGGUAAAGAAAGGCGUGACAUUCCAAGGGGUGGUUGAUGAUCGUGACGAAGAUAAAGGCAAUAAAGCUGAAAUGCACUGUGAUAGUCAGACAAUCCAAAGCAACACAUAUCUGGCCAACAGACGUGUUAAAGGAAAGAAGGAAUUCCGCCUCACUAAUGGCAGCGUGGUCACCGCAGAGGUGAUUGGUGGGAUCAGCAGCGACAUUAGUGAAGUGACUCCACUGUUCAAAAAUACAGUACACACGGGGAAGAGGAAGAUCCCCCCGUGUUCACCUCCUCAUAGGUUCCCACUUAGGAUUUGCAGCAAAUGUGGAGGGAGGCAGAAUCCAGUGGCUGCAGUUCUCUUCACCACCACCAGGGAUGCCACUUCACCCUGUUCUGCUGGCUCAGAGUGUCUCAGAUCCAGCCCUGCAGCUCCUCUGGUCUCAGGAAAAGAAACAGCAGAUUUACUUUCUCCACCAAACAAUGAGACUGAGAAAUAUGGACUUAUGCAAAUGAACAGAGGGCCUGCAGUGACAUGGCCUCCUCCAUACCCAAAUAGCAACCAGCUAUUAUCAUCCACACAGGGGGCAGAAGCAUUAAAACUUUCUAAACAUCAAUCAAGAUACGCUGGCCUUGGCCUUCCACACAUACACAGAGACACUCCAGUUAGUCACACGUCAUCUGCAUAUGCACACACAGUGGCAGAGAGUGCAAUUCAAAAGGCAGGCAUACAUACUCACUCAGACCUCUGCUCUGAUAAGCCGACAUCACUGUCACACACACUCAUGCUCCAAGAACCAAAACCCUCCAUGGUUAUUCCAUACUCGCAACAAUAUACCAGCCUUAAAACAGACUUACAGUCCAUCAAUCUGAAAGACACAGCCUCCACACCAAAGAUUAAAACACAAACAAACAGUGAUAUCCUGACACACACUUCACACAUUGCUCUGUCAAACCACACUAGCAUUCAUACAAAGUCUUUAGCAUCUGUCCAUUCACCUGUAAUUAAUAAAAAUCAAAGCAUUGUACAGAGAGCCAGAGCUUUCGAUACUUUACACCCUAGCAGAAAUGCCCAAGCCUCAAAUGCAUUGGAGACUGUGCAAAACUCACAUUCAAGGCCUUCAAGCUGCUUGCAGGCAAAUCUAAGCGUUAAACCCCAAAACACAUCACAUAUUCGUUCCAGCACACAUCCUAAAGCCACAUCCACCACAAAUUGUGCCAAACAUCAACUUACACAAACACACUCUCUGACCACUGACACAGCCACAGCCCUGUCGCUUUGCACAGCUUUGUACUCCAAACCUUCCAUACCACUGCACUGCUCUCUUCCACAUGCAGAUGCCAAACCAUAUAGCAAAUCAAAGAACCAACAAUCAAACCCUUCACACAACUCCAACUUGAAUGUGAAUACCAGCACCUCACUUAACCCAUAUCCUGCCACAACACUUUUAACCAAGGCCAACACGGUUACAAUUACUCAAGGGAUUAUGGAAAUGCAUUCAUAUGGUAUGGACAACAAUAAAACAGAAACACAGAGUCAGUCUCUUGCACAGUCAGAGGCUCAUGUUAAGUCCGUGCCAGAGAAACUAGAGGACAAAGUCUGCAAAUCAUCAGCAACAACUCCUUGCAAGGUAGAAACUAAGAAUGUGACAGCUACAAAAAUAGGUUGCAAAUUUGUUGCAAACACAGACAGUGGGAGCCACAUGCGAGCUAACUGUGAACUCCUUGCAAAUUCAAAAUUACAUACAGUACACCAGCAAUCCACACCUAAGCAUUCUACCAGUCCUGCAGCCCCCACAACACCUCAUGAACUUAAUACCUUGGGUUCAAUCUCAUGUCAACCUCCAAGUCCUUUUCACCCAAGCUUACUGCAUCCAUCAAUUAAAUUAUUAAUCGAAGUCACUGAAAACAAAAGGACAAACAUAGAUUCAAAGCCAAAUCCAUUUUUACUUUCACCCACUAUGCCGCCAGAGCAGAUCCAGAACACGCAACUGCAUCAAGAGUUAGAGACUACAUCACAGACAAGCAUUGUUUUACCUGUUAGUGGACCUGUCUCAAAUGGUGGCUAUUCCCUUACACACUACCACCCUCCAUCUUUGGUUCUGCUGUCACACAGUUCCCCCAAGAGCAACACAAGUCAGGACCUUCAGAAGAGGCUGGAGAGAGUGGAGUCUAAUCUGCAGGCCAACCAGGACCGAGUGACAACCCUACUCAACAUCAUCCAAGACCUGGAGAUGAGCCACGCACUCAGCAAAGGACGCCGAUGUUUCAGAACUGGCCAGGAUUUAAGUGAUUGCUCCACCUGCCAGGAAACGGCAUGCAUCAUUUACAGUGUGGAGUAUGACUUCCGUCAGCAAGAACGACGCUUCAGGGAUGUCUUGGACCCGCUGGACUCCCCAGUGAGAGAGAUCUGGGAAGGGGUUAACAUGGACAUACUCUCCUUUUUCACCUUGCUGAAACAAAGCCAGGCAUCAUCUCAGACCAGCAAUUACACCGAGCCAGGAGGCAAGAGCAAAGACAAGAAAAAAAAACUCUGCAGGAAAAUUUUGAGCUGGCUACCUCGAAAGGUCCAAAAGAAGUAGAAAUCUUGCCAUGGUUCUUCAUCUUUAUUUUUAGAUUUGAAUCAACAGACUCCACUCUGCUAUGAGACGAAUUGAUAGCUACAUCAUAAUGCAUUCAAAUAAAUGAGUUUGGUACAUCCAGAAAAAUGGACAGACAGUAAGAUAUGAGAACAGGAGCUGCUUGAGUUAAACUGCACGACUUGACAAGAUAUUCUAUUCCCUUCUAUUUGUUAACUGCAUACCUUCCCAUACUUGAUCCUUUUCUUCCUUCAUCAAAGUAGUGACAUCAUGUAGGGAACAUGGCACUUGUAAGACCAUUCAUGCUUGUUUGUUAACUUAAGAAGUAGAUGAAUAUUAAUCUUACAGUUCCUUUGGGAUUGGGCGUGCGGUGAACUGGGAUCAGAUAUGGAGACCAGAUGUGGCCUACUGGCCCUGUGACCCUGUUGUUUACCACCUGCAUCUUUUUUCAGACCUUCAGAACAAUAAAACAGAGAUAUAAAUGACUCCAAAUUA